CUUUGGUGUCAUAACCUGACUGUGCUAAUGCAAACUAAGCCUCUCAGAAAAUUUUCAACCAUUGCAUAGCUGCUUGUUUUUUGGAGCCUUAUUGUCCUGAAGCCUUUCAGCACAUGAAUUGAUCAAUUUGUCGAAAUGGAUCAGUGAGUGAUGCCUGGACCAGCACAUGAACAAAUAUUUGGGACCCAAAAGGGUUUUCUGCAUCUUUUCUUUUCUAACGAAUAGAAGGCAUUGUGCUUUUUUGGAAUGGAUUUUACUUCAUUAUCUGGCCUGUUAAGUACGGAACUUAUCAGAAACAUUCUCAGUUAGACUUCAAUAUGCUGAACUGUAUUGCAAGCAUCUUGUUCAAAUUGUGCAGCUGAAAUUUGGUACUUGAAUAUCUUGAAGAAUCACCUGGUAUUGGUCAUCUUGCCAUGGAAUUAGACUUCAAUAUAGAGGAGCUGAUUGACUUGAGUUUCCUAACAGAGGAGGAGCAGGAUGUGAUUGUACAAGUUCUUUACCGGGAUAAUGAACUCCGUUUGUUGGAGGAACAACGUAUCAAGAAGUUACAACAAUCAAUUCAUGAUCCAGAACAGCUAAAAAUUGCAACAGGGGAUUGGUUCAAGGAAGCCAGAGCAAGGCGACACGCAGACAAACGUUAUGGAUCGGACAUUAUCCGGGCCUCCAUUCGCAAGAAGAAAAAGACAAAAGGUGAAAGAGAAAAGAGGGUGACGAUUAAUGAUGAGAAAAUCAUUAUUAACGAACAGAGUGAUCAGGACGAAGAGGAACAUGAGAAUGAGAACUUUAUUGUAACUAAUGAAGAGUCAGUUAAUCCUGAACUGGUAAAUACAGGAGUGGGUGAGACAAAUUGCGAACAGUCAGAAAUUAAUAACAGAUCAAUUGAUGAUAAAAGCUAUGUUACGUCAAAUGAGGGAACUUUUACUUUAGAGACCAAUACCCAGAUCCAGCAAGAUAGCAAUGAGGCCUCUGUGAAAAAAGUUGCUGUGGACAAUGACUCAUUGGGAACUGAGGAGGACAACCAAUUGGUACCAGUUAUUACUUUGGAGAAUUAUGAUCCAAUUGAUGACGUUGAUGGUGAUGAUGUUAGUUCCCAGCACAAUAAAGAGGCCAACUUGCCAACUGAAGGUCUGGACGUCAACUGCUCAGUAUCCAGUUUGCCCUCUGCUAUGGAUGCCAGCAGCUCAAUGUCCAGUUUCCUACCUCCCACUCUUAGUGGCAGUAUGAUGAGUUUGUACACCAACACUGAUGUCGGGUGUGUGGAUGUGAGAGGCAGUAUCACUUUCUCACUCCAUUACAAUGACAGCAAAAGUGAGUUUCAUAUUAACGUGGUGCAAUGCAAUGAUCUGGCUGGAGCCAAGAAAAAUUCUUCUAACCCCUAUGUGAAGAGUUAUCUUCUCCCAGACAAAUCAUUUCAAGGCAAGCGCAAGACCUCAGUGAAGAAGAAAACCCUGAAUCCUACAUUUAAUGAGCAGUUAUUGUACAAACUGGAAAAAGCAGAGCUGCAGAGUCGGACUCUAAACCUCUCAGUGUGGCAUAGAGAUCACUUUGGGCACAAUCCCUUCCUGGGGGAGGUGGAAAUCACAUUGGAACACUGGGAUUGGACUAAUACUAAACCAACAACCUAUACCCUUCAGCCACGGAUUGCUGCUCCGCCAAGCAUGAACCAAAGCAAAGGUCAGCUCUCCUUGUCGCUGAAAUUCAUCCCAGCAGGAUCAUGUGAUCAAGGGUUGCCUUCCACAGCAGAAGUGCACAUCUGGCUAAAGGAAGCACGAAAUCUCAUCCCUAUCCGAUCCAAGGGCAUCAACUCCUUUAUUAAAUGUUGUAUUCUACCAGAUACCAAUAAGUCCAGUCAACAGAAGACCAGAGUGAUAAAGAAGGACCUGAAUCCUGUUUACAACCAUACGAUGGUAUAUGACGGCUUUCAGACAGAAGAUGUGAGUGAGACCUGUGCAGAAUUCACUAUCUGGGAUCAUGAUACCUUUUCCAGCCAGCUACUGGGAGGACUGAGACUCAGUCUGGGAACAGGUUUCAGCUAUGGCCAACCUGUCAACUGGAUGGAUUCAAACAAGGAAGAAAUUUCCGUGUGGCAGAGAAUGCUUGCUGUCCCCGGGCAGUGGGUGGACACUGUAUUACCAAUCAGAUCCAAUGUGAUACCCAGCGAAUAAUCACAAAACCAAUGGCCAUUUCUGAAAAAAAAUUAAUAAAGUGUGUGACUUAGCUAAACCUUUAGAACAUUAUGCUUGGGUCAUUGGGCCUAAAACAAGAAGUCAAAUACUUGUGGGGGGUAUCAUUGGUCUCUGUUUUGGAUAGGUAAAUGACCGAGAAUGUGGAUGUUUUGGUGUGGAGAUGUAAAGGAAGCAAUGUUGACUGGGAUGUGAUCAACCUCCGAGGCAGGGCCUGGGUUAGGGGAUGAAGAUUAGGGCCAAGCAAUAACUAUAAAUUUCACCUCCAGCCCAGACCUGCGGACAGCGGAUGGCCACCACUGGUUGUUAUCUGAAGGCUUUUAUUUCACUGUCAUUCAACUCGAACUAUGUAAUUCCCUGAACCCAUCUACGGGUCCUUCCGAACGCCUGACGCAUGUAUAGCCUGUACAUGUGAACAAGCGUUUGGAAGACGGGCGGAUCGGGCGGCAUGGAUCUGCCAGCUGCUGCGAGGUUGCAGGCAUCUUCUGCCGUGUAGGAACUUGGUUCGUGGCAAUAUCUGAAGGUUGAGUUAAACGUCUUGCCUUAACUAAACGUUGCCUUUGAAUGGCCUGUGUUUUUUUUAUUUAAAUACAUUGCCGGGCAGCCGCGUUUCCGACUUGCGAUCUGGGUUACGAACCCGGGGAGGACCUGUACUUGAGGUAUUCUUUAAAUGUUUGUGAGAAGCUGUUUAGUUUAUAGAUUAUCUUCUAAAUAAUCUUAUUAGUCAAAUGAAGCCUUCUUCUCAGCUCCCGAUACUUUCAGACUUUAAAAUUAUUAAGCUAUACUUUUCCAGCCAAUAAACCGGCUGAGUUUUCUGCAUGACAUACUUACUACAACACGGGAAGCCAUCUGUUCCAUGCCGGCUUCCAAAAGAGCAAUCCGAUCAGUCCCAUUCCCCCUUUUUUCCCUGAAACCUGCAACUCAUUCCUUUCUUGCAUGCCUAUCAACUCCUCUUUGAUUCUUUUGCCACUUACCUACACUAAAGGACAAUUUACAGUAAGCAAUUAACGUACCAGGACAGCUCUGGGAUGGAGGAAGAACCAGCACACGCAGCAGAAACUCACAGGGCCGUGGGGGAAAUGUGAAAACACACACACAUGCACAUUUUGACUUCCUGGAGCUUUCCUCGAUUCCUUAGUUUCACCAAUGAAUGCAUGUCUUCACCCACCUAAGAAUUACAGAAUAAUGUGUCAUCAUCAGUGGUUAUCCUUUGAUUGCAGCCUGGUCUUAUUUAACAGUGAAGCCUUUCCCAACUGACUUGAACUUAUUUUUUACAAUUUGAUGAUCUCUCCCUUGGAUAUUUCUCUGAUAAAGUUGUGGAACAUUAAGUUCUUCUUAUCAUCUCUUCCUCCUGACGCCAACCAGCGACCCAUUUCCUACAGGAGGCCACAUCCCAUUCUCUCCACUGUCUUUUUUCCCCAGCUUGUUUGAAUUGCAUUGAUCCCAUCUUUACAGUAAAUGUUGGAUUGCUUAUUGAUUUAGGUUAGUUUAACCCUUUAACUCUUAUGUUCACUAUUUGUUGCAAGUGUUGCUUUUUACAUACCAAUUAAAUAAAUGAAAAUAA